CCCUUGGCUUGAAGCUCGGAUAACAAAGACAGACUGAGAAUAGAAGUCAUUCCAGCAGCAUCCUCAGCCUGUACCAGCAGUACGGUCCCUGAAGCCAGAGAGAAAUGGAGCUUGAUUUCGGUCACUUCGAUGAGAGGGAUAAGACUUCCAGGAACGCACGAGCAUCUCGAAUGAAUGGGUUGCCAAGUCCUACUCACAGUGCUCACUGCAGCUUCUACCGAACACGUACUUUGCAAGCUCUAAGCAACGAAAAGAAAGCCAAAAAAGUCAGGUUUUACCGUAAUGGAGACCGCUACUUCAAAGGGAUAGUGUACGCGGUAUCACCUGAUCGUUUCCGAAGUUUUGAUGCUUUGUUGGCUGAUUUGACCAGGUCACUAUCUGAUAACAUCAACCUUCCCCAGGGUGUUCGUUACAUCUACACCAUUGAUGGAUCAAUCAAGAUCUCCAGCAUGGAUGAGCUGGAAGAAGGUGAAAGCUAUGUUUGCUCAUCUGAUAACUUUUUCAAGAAACUGGAAUACACAAAGAAUGUGAAUCCCAACUGGUCAGUCAAUGUGAAGACUUCAGCUGCUCUAAAGUCUCCACAGUCCCUUGGCAGUGCUAACAGCCAGUCCAAAGAAAACAAGGACUUUGUGCGCCCAAAGUUGGUGACAAUCAUCCGUAGUGGCGUGAAACCACGUAAAGCAGUGCGUGUGCUCCUGAACAAGAAGACAGCUCAUUCCUUUGAGCAAGUCCUGGCAGACAUUACUGAUGCCAUCAAACUGGAAACAGGAGUGGUCAAGAAGCUGUACACCUUGGACGGAAAACAGGUGACCUGUCUGCAUGAUUUCUUUGGCGAGGAUGAUGUGUUUAUUGCUUGUGGACCGGAAAAAUUCCGAUAUGCCCAGGAUGAUUUUUCUCUUGAUGAAAAUGAAUGCCGUGUAAUGAAAGGGAACCCAGCCACACCAGGCAAGCCCUCCUCCGGUUCCCAGAAAAGUUCAGCUAAAAGCCCUGCGCCAACACGCCGUAGCAAGUCUCCUGCUGAUUCAGCAAAUGGUACAUCCAGCAGUCAGCUGUCCACACCCAAAUCCAAGCAGUCUCCCAUCUCUACACCAACCAGCCCAGGAAGCCUUCGCAAGCACAAGGAUCUGUACCUACCCCUGUCUCUGGAUGACUCUGACUCCCUUGGAGAUUCCAUGUAAAGCUCAACAAUCUGAUGUGUCCCCAGCUUGUAGGUUCACAUAACAGAACAAAAGAAGACCGGGCACACUGGUGCUUUCUUAACGAAGGAUACGUUUUCAGCUUUCACUGUUACUGUUUUUGAUUAUUAUUUUUGUCAUGUAUUGUUUGUGCCAUAAAUCAAUGUGACCCAAUCUGGCAUGGGAUGGUGGGGGUAAUAACUGUUUUAUAUGAAGCAGGCUUCAAAGUUUAUGUUAUGUACACCAUUUCUGAACAUGGUUCUUCUGACGGCUGGAGAUGGUGCCACCACUAAUACCAGAUAACUAUCAACAGCCAGCGAAGUUGUUAUUUCAUUAGUAACAUAAUACUCAAGCACACAUGGAGGUGCAAUGGGGAAUGUUUGGAAGUUGGUUUGAUUUAGCUGAUCAUGUUUGUAUGUUUGUAUUAUAUUGAAGGCAGUCAAGCCUAUUAUGCCUUUGCUAAUUUAAGUCCUAGUGGUGACAGUCAUUGUUAAAUAAGUACAAAGGAAUCUGCAUUUCUACUGUACGUAGGGAGGAUACACAUGCUAUGGGCACUAUUCAUUAAAUGUGAAAAUGGUGAA